AUGAGGCGACCCUUCAUCUCCGACUCAGACUUCUCCCCCAAGCAGUUCUCAGCCGAUGUCUACUCCUCAUCCCUUGGGGGCAAGCCUCUGGGUUGUGACCCAUCGGCCAUGUCGGGCUACUCCUCCUUCAUAGACAGCUACUACCCGGAAACGUUUGGAGACUACCGCAGUGCAGCCUUCACCACCGGAGGGAGCUCCAUCUUCCCCAGCUCAGCCCUGUCCACUCUGCUACCACCUUUCUCCGGAGAGUCCCCCCACUUCCUCCUGGUAAGGCACUCUGUCAGUGGUCAGUGCUGGUGAUAGAAUGGGACUGUCGAGCUAUGGCUUCACAUUAUGGGCCAGUUUCUCAAAUAUGGUUUAAAGUCCUGGACUAAGAAGUGUGUUCAAGGCUAGGCUAAAUCCAGGAAACAGGUCGUAUGUGUUAUUGUGUUUUAUGUGAUGUGAGAAUAGGGAUGGAGGCUGGAGCGGGUAGGGUACAUCCAAAUGAGCACACAUUUCACACAAGCAUGAAGGAAAAAAUCAAUAAUAUUCCACAAGUGGGUUCCUAUUUAAAUGAUUGGGGUUUGAACCCAGAUCUGUGUGCUACAAGACUUUGUUAGCCCACUGAGAUAAAACCCAGACAUUAGCUCAGGGAGCCAACACGUCUUCAGGUCUCCAGCAAGGUUAAUCAUCACACGAGCAUGGUUCCAAACCAACUCCUUUACACAUACAUCUUAGGGCAUUCCGCAAUCUGCAAUACCAACAAAAAAUAGUAAUUUUUCCAUCAUCUCUAACACAUCUCUAUCCUUUCCUCUGUCUGUUGCUCCUGCAGAGAGAUUUGUGGGAGCAGCCAGUGGCAGACCCAGUGACCCAGGGAGAGGGCUUGUGUGCAGAUGGCCUGACCUCUGUUCCAGUCUCCCUGCCCAGCCCCGACCCUCCCAGGAGCCCCUCACAGUACCGCUACUCCACCCGCAGCUCCUCCAUUGGCUCGGCACAGCCCUAUGCCCUUCACCCUCUGGAAGAAGUACACUACCAGACCUCUUACCCUGCCGCCUCCACUUUCACAUGCCCUUCCUAUAUGACUGUUUCCAAUGACCUAGCCUCCAAGAUGGCCCGUCUAGCUAAUGAGGACUCUGACAGUACUCUCGCCACACAUAGUGACACUCACUCGUGGGUGAAAGAAGAUGGCGAAAGCUCUUGGUCACCAUAUGAGAUUCUGAGGUCUUAUUAAGUCCAUUUGGAAACAACCUGUCCUUCACAGAAAACCAAAACAAUGCUGAUGCAAGCGAUUCAGCUCCUUGUGAUCCAAAUAUUUGACUUUGUACUUCUAUAAAGAGAUGAGCAAAGUCCACAAAGUACAACUUUGACUUAUUUGACCCUCCUAAGUCCCCUGGUGAUAUACAGUAAGAGUAUGUAAGAAUUAACUCACUGGGCACACACUGGUU